AUGUCGUCCUCGUCGCAACCAAGCCAGGGCGGCAUGUCUCCGGAGAUGAUAGCUCACUUAAAGGCACAAGGUCCUCCUUAUCCUCCGACCGGCGCCGGCCUCGGCGGCCGUCCCAAUGUCGACGUCGACAUCCCCAUCUCCUCCGUCUUCAUCGCCAUCUUCGUCGUCUCCGCCGUGCUCAACAUGGCCAUUCUGCAGCGCAACCGCCACCGGGGCCACAAAUUUGUCCUCUCUGGCCUGCUCUUUGGCUUCUCCAUGGCGCGCAUCACCGCCAACGUCAUGCGCAUCGUGUGGGCCACGCGCCCAAACAACGCCUCCAUCGCCAUCGCCGCCUCCGUCCUUACCAAUGCCGGCGUCGUCCUCCUCUUCGUCGUCAACCUUAUCCUCGUGCAGCGCCUGCUGCGCGCCUACCACCCCCAUCUCGGCUGGAGCCGCCCCGUCGGCCUCGCGUUCCGCUUCCUCUACUUUUCCAUCGCCGCCGCCAUCAUCAUGGUCAUUGUCGCCGUCGUCUACAGCUUCUACACCCUUGACGUCACCGCCCGCCAUCGCAUCCGCGAGGUGCAGCUUACCGGCACCGUCUUCCUCGCCGUCCUCGCCUUCCUCCCCAUCCCCGUCGGUCUCGCCGCUGGGCUCGCGCCCGCUGGCCGCCACCCGCGAGACCCCUUUGGCCAGAGCCACCCGCAGGGCCGCGCGCGCUCGCUGCGCUUCAAGCUUGCCCUCGUCGUUGCCACCUCGGCGCUGCUGACCCUCGGCGCCGCCUUCCGCGCCGGCACCGCCUUCUACCAGCGCCCCGCCGCCAACCCGGCCUGGUUCCACAGCAAGCCCUGCUACUACUGCUUCAACUACCUCAUCGAGAUUGUCUGCGUCUUCUCCUACGCUCUGCUGCGCUUCGAUCGCCUAUUCCACGUCCCGGACGGUAGCAGCGCCCCCGGCGACUACGCCGGCCGUGGCGGCCUUAGCCCGGCGGAAAAGGCCGGCGGCCUCGAGGAGGUCUUAGACAGCGACCGUCCCCCCACGGCCGCCGAGCAGCACGAAGACGAGAGCGCGUGGGACGCGCAGCUACGCAACGAGCUAGGUCGCCAGACUGCAUAG